CCUCAGCACAUGUGACAAUAAACUAAACGACUACUGUACUAUUAAUGGAGUGCGUGCUGGUGUUGGUGCUGUUCCUGUGCUUGUGUGUUCACUGCAGUGCUCUGAAUGUAAGCACAGUCAAUGUCACUGGCUACAAGCAAGCUGGCAGCUAUCUCAACUCCUCUGUGUAUGUGGUGGACCUUCCCUCAGACUCUGGCUAUGUCCAUCCCCCAAUGCUCGUGCAUCUAACAGGCUCUAGACAUGACAUGGGCUAUGCGUACGGUUACCUGCUGAGUAGCGAGAUAAAGGAAUCAUAUCAAUACAUGCUCUCAUGGAUACUCAGAAAGCUCACGUUCUUACAACCUGAGCUAGAGGCUAUCCUGGACUAUCACUGGAACCAUCACUUGUCUAAGAGUGUACCCCCUGUAUACCAGGCAGAGUUGGCUGGUCUAGCUGAGGGCGCCAGUAAGAACGGUUGUUCCUUGUGUGCCCAAUACAUCACUAGAGCCUAUGUCCUGGCCAACCUUCCCUCUGAUGGCAAGGACAUUGUCAAACUGCUCUCUGGACAAUACAACAGCAGCACCCUGGGAGGUCCUCAUGUGCUGCCGCUGUUGGCACGGCGACUGAGUGGAUUCAUGUGCUCUAUGCUGGGGGUCUGGGGCUCACGCACGCAGGGAGGAAAACUAUUCUCUAGCAGAAACCUCGACUGGAAGAAAGAUACUGGUAUCAACAAACACAAGAUGGUGUUAGUGACAGUGCCUGAUGACGGGGGACUCCCCUCAGCCUCGCUGGGGUUUGUCCUGAUCUACGGCCCACUGGCUGGGUUGAGUGAGAGUGGCCUCACUGUAACAGAGGCUAACUUGGAGGAAAACUGGGAGAGCCUGGAUGGCUUCCCCUGGGUGCUCAGAUUAAGGUUCAUUAUGGAGUAUGCCACUGACAUGACGUCUGCUCGAAAGCUUUGGGAAUCAACCAAUAAUACAGUGGGAUUUAAUCACAUGAUCUCCUCGGGUAAAGAUGCUACAGACUAUAUCAACAAUGGAGGACACUCUAUUGUCGCCCUCGUCAUGGAAACAAUGUACGGCUACACAGCGUAUUUCCAUGACAACGAUCCAAGAGAAUCAGAUGCACUGUAUACCCCCCAGGAUGGUGCCCUCCCUGUCCAUAUAGGGUACCCCCUGCACGAGGCCCUGUGGCGUACCAACCACGGCUAUGACCCUGUGAUCAGAGCACACUUCCAAUGGAGUCAGUCUCCCUCCACUUGGUCCAACACCAGAUACAUGGACAUCUACAACGCAUUGCAAUACUACGCUAACAAGAAGAUGGGUCCACUGGAGGUCAUCAAUAUCACAGCUAUAGCUGGUGACAAGGGCCAUAGCCACGCCUACCAGUGUCAGGACAACAAUAACGGCACCAAUAUUCUCAGCUCAGUCUUCCAGCCCCAGGACAAAACCAUGUACGUUGCUUGGGAGAGGUCAAGUGGGGUCAACUGGAGACCGGCUGCCUGUUCAAAGUACAUCAACUUCAACCUCACCAACUGGUUCAAUCCAAAGCCACCAAUGAACUUAGUUACUAACUAACUAGCUAGCUAGCUACUGCAAUUAUCUCUGUGCUUAUUGUAUACACUUGUACGCUGACCCACCUUUUAUUGCAAAACAAAUUGACGAUAACAAA